ACCAACGCCACCUGCCGGAAUUUUUGUGAAAGGGUCUGAAGGGAAAAGGUCCUCCUGACCUGAUGUCCGCGUGCCUGAGGGUAGAAUACUUCCCUUUUUGUUAGAAAUUAGGUCAUUGGCAAGUCUAUGACUGUUGCAGAAUAAAGAUAGUCUAAGCUCGGGCUCGUUCUUUUUACUAAUCCUCGCUUUCCUUGGGCGUCGAGAUUUUUGGAAACUCCAUAAAAAAAAGAACCCCUCAUAACCGCCACUUACACCUGUGACUUCUGUCAUACUUCUUUUGGCGUCCACAGACAAGACAAAACAAUCCUGCCGGACCUUGCUGUUCCUCACGGCAUUCAACUGACUCUUGACUUCACUCCCGUCUUCUCCGACAUCUCCUGCGUAUUGUUCACUCUUGUUUGUGAUCCAGACCCCCGCCGAACAACCGAUCCUCUUUGAUCAACAUUCCAAAUCAAUCAAGAUGGCGUCUAUCGCGGGCAGUCGCAAUGCCUCAUCCGGCUUCUCUGGCAAACCCGACACGUCUUCGCACCAAUUCACCUGCAAUACUUGUCAGGUUGCCUUUCGACUUGCCGAUACACAGAAGGGCCACAUGAAGAGUGAUUGGCAUCGGUAUAACCUCAAACGUCGCGUUGCAUCGCUACCCCCCAUUUCAUCCGAAGUCUUCACCGAAAAAGUCCUGCAAGCCCGCGCUGCCACGGACGCCGAAGCCGAUCGUGCCGGAUUCCAGCAGGUUUGUGACGCUUGUGAGAAGUCCUACUUCAGCGAAAACGCCUACAAGAACCACAUUGGAAGCGCUAAGCACAAGGCGAAAGAGUUGGCCAUGCAGCGUCGCGCUGAGGGUAGUGUCGCUGGCGACGACGCUGCAAGCACCAUUGUGAGCUCAACCUUCUCCCUGGGCGAGCCGCUGCCCAAGGAGGAAGUCGACUCAGAUGCCGAAGAUGAGUUCAGCGAGGUCGUUGAAGGCCUAAAGAAGGCAAACAUCUCAAAUGAGAGGCCGUCUCCAGUCAAACGCCCAUCGAACCCCGCGCCUACCGAAGAGGCUCAACAAUCUAGAGAACAUACCAUUUCGGAUACUGCAAGCCAAGGCGACGUCUCAAGUGCAGCCACACCUGUUCCUACCUUGACUCUAAAGUCAUGUCUGUUCUGCAACUACGACUCGCCCACCAUCGCCUUAAGUGUUGUCCAUAUGGAGAGAAUACACGGCAUGUUCAUCCCGGAAAACCAGUACUUGGUGGAUCUAGAGGGCCUGCUCAAGUCUUUACAGGAGCGCAUUCAAGAGCUUGCUGAGUGUCUUUACUGUGGCAAGAUGAAGAGCAAUGCUUUCGCUGCACAAACUCACAUGCGGGAUAAGGGUCACUGCAAAAUCCCCUUCACAACUGAGGAUGAGCAACUUGAGAUUGGCGAGUUCUACGAUUUCCGAAGCACAUACUCGGAUGACGAAUCAGAAGACGAGGAAGAAGAAGAUGCUGGUAAGCCUGUCGGUGGCGCCAAGCUUGGAAACAAGAGGGCAACCAAGGCUGUUGGCGAAGACGGUGACGAGAUUAUGCAGGAAGAUGGAGAUGGUUGGGAGACCGACAGCUCUGCUUCAUCAGUUGACUCCGAUGAGCUGACCUCCAUCCCUGUUGAUCUUCACCUCCAUAAAUAUGAGCGACUUGACAAGCAUCCUCACCACUCGUCCCACGAUCCUCGCCAUCAUCAUCAGACAGACGGCUGGCAUUCCCAUGCUCACAAGCACCGAGCCGUUUUCUACGACGAAACAUCGCUGCACUUGCCGAACGGCAAAUCUGUGGGUCACCGAUCUCUCAACAAAUACUGGCGCCAGAACCUGCAUGCCCAUCCUUCGCCUGAGGAACGCCUCGAGAGAUUGGCUCUUGAGGGUAACGACGACGCUAUGGACGUCGACGGCGAGGGUAACCAGGUCUCUACCCGUGGUGAGCGUGGUCGCAAUGGUGCUUUGGUUUCACGAGCAAAUGGCAACCUGGGUAUGACCGGUGUCACAGACGAGAAGAAGCAGGAAGUUCGCCGCGCCGAACUGCGUGCCCGCAAGAGGGAGCAGAAUGCUCAGCGUCGUAACGAAUGGACCGUGAACAAGCAAAACAACCACCAGAAGUACUACAACUACCAAAUCUUGUAGAGCUUGGAAUUAUGGUUGCGGUCGGUGAUGAGUGUUCAGACUUGCUCGCAGUUCACGAAGAUGCAUUUUCUUUUGCAAUGAUAUAGGAGUGAUUCGAAGAACGCUGGCUCUGCUGGGGGAGCAGGCAAGUAUCUGCCCUUUGGGCGAUUAUGGAGCGGUUCAAUACAUAAAACAUCAUGAUCAAUAGAACAAUGUUUCACUU